AUGGCAACACCGGACGGCGCGGGAGCGGGCCGCGCCGCAGGGGUGGGGGAGCCCUUUGCUCCCAGGACAGCCCUACCACCGACGGCAUGCCCAAGAAGCGGCUCUUGGCGGGCAGUAGGAGGAUAUGCGCAAGUCAGAUCUGAGUGCAAAAAUGAAACGUUUUAUGUUGUUUCAGAGCCGCCAGACGUUACAGAAGAAGAAUUUGAAAAUUGUUUGGCAACAGACGACUUCCUUGUGGAUUACUUUAAUGAGUUCUUAAGCCUUCCUACCUUUACAGAGGCAAUUCGAUUUAAUAUGGACUAUGGAGUUUUUGAAGUAGUUAACAACGCACCACAACGUCUGGAAAAGCAACUGAAAAAAAUUCUGCAGAACCAGCAACCUCGAAACCCCAUCUAUGAUGUAGUAAGGAAAAGGAAGAGUGAUGCGAGCCCUCUUCAGAGGAGCGUCCCCUGUGCCGACGAGGCCAUUAAUGUCAACUACACAAUCAUGUGUCUCAACCGGGAACAAGGUAUUAAGUGGAUCAAAAGGAAAAGACUUCCAGCAUUUCUGGAGAGUGAUUGCUACUUUGAAUACAGGCUGGCCAAGCUGAUCUCGCAAGCAACAUGGAGCAACUCAGGCAUAAAUUUCACAGUAGGCACAGCCUUUUCCCCCUGGAUCCUGAGAAAACCGCAGACCCCACCUGUCCCUGACAUAGAAGAGGACAAUCUCAUGGUUAUGAAAAAGUUCUACGUUUCUCUUGGCCAGGCCUCCUAUACUCAAACAAAAGACUGGUUUACACUGGCAAAGCAAAGUCAGCAAACAGUAACGACUUUCUCGUCAUCCUGCUGUAAACCCUACCACCAAACUGCACCCCCAGCUAUUUCUUCUAUUUCUGAGAAUUUUAUCUUUGAUGAUGGAAUUCACCCCAGGAGAAGCUCAUCUAAAACUAAAAUAACUACUGAGGUGGAAGAAGAGGAGGAAGGCUCCGCAUCAGUGAAAGACACGCCCUCUCAGGCGCUUCUGAGAAUAUACCUUGAAAAGGGGGACGCGCAGGAGAAGAACCUGACCCUGCAUUUCUCCUCGGUUGAGGAGUUCCUAAACGCCUACAUAGUCUUUAUCUUCAGGGAAGCCAUUGAGCACAUCACAGGCCAGUCUUUUGUUAACAGGCCAGGCUACAUCAACUUCUACAACGUAUCCCAAGUGAUAUUUGAUGACCAUGUCCAGCUUGUGCAUAGUGCGAAGGUCACAAGUUCAUCCCAUGUUGAAAUUGUAUCAGAAGAUACACUGGAGAAAGCGAGUCUAAGUUCAAAGAGUGAGAGCCUUGGGUCGGAGAGCAGGGCAGACUGGUGUAUACCUCACAGAACCUAUGACAUUGGCAACAGAAGGGAAUUUGAAAGAUUUAAGAAGUUUCUAAAGGGCACACUAGGAGAAAGAUACUGGUGGCUGUGGAUGGACAUCGAGAGGUUAAAAGUUCUUAAAGACCCUGGAAGACAUCAAAGACAUAUUGAGAAAAUGAAGAAAUGUUACCUUGUGAGCAGUGGGGACCGUUACCUCUCUACAGAAAUCUUAUCGAAGUUUAAACUGAUGCAUGGAUCCCAGUGGACAGAAGACCAUUUAAAAAACAUUCAGAUUGAGGUCCUAAAACCUCUGCUUCUAUAUUGGGCACCAAGAUUUUGUGUUACUCAUUCGCCUUCAACAAAAAAUGCUAGUGCGGAACUGAAAUUCUGGCGCCUCCGUCAAGAGAAACCAAGGAAGGAUGUUGACCCUUUUCCACAGAUGGCAACUCUCCUGCCGUUAAGACCAAAGUCUUGCAUUCCACAGGCCCCUGAUGUCCAGGGAGAAGAAAUUGGUUCAGUUCAAUCAUCCAAAUCGCCUAAGAAAUUAUCAAGAGUAAACACAGAGGCUCAAAAACUUGGGAGAAGUGAGUCUUUGCACCCAGUUUCCUUUAAGGACGAUAGAGUUGAGAAAGGGUCAAAGUGGGCGCCAGAGGGCACCACAGUGAUCCGUUUGACGUCUUUUACUGACAUAUCUGAGUGUCUGAAGCCCCAGCUGGAAAGAAGGUUCACCUACACAGAGGAGCUUAAUGUUAAAACUGCAUCGGAUGUUGGCGCCUUGAGAGGAUUUGACAUGGAAAACUUGUUACAAUCUUUGUAUGUAGAAAAUAGAGCUGGAUUCUUCUUUACUAAAUUCUGCGAGAAUUCAGGGAACAAGCUGUGGAAGCACAGUGUGUACUUUUGGUUUGACCUACAGGCUUACCAUCAGCUGUUCUACCAAGAAACACUCCAGCCUUUUAAAGUAUGCAAGCAAGCACAAUAUCUUUUUGCCACGUAUAUUGCCCCAUCGGCCACUCUGGACAUUGGACUCCAACCAGAAGGGAAGAAGGACAUCUACAUGAGAACACAGCCACCAUUCGAAGACCUGUUUGACAUGGCAGAAGAGUAUGUCCUUCUCCUCCUCCUGGAGCCCUGGACACAGAUGGUGAUGUCAGACCAGGUGGCCUACAGAAAGGUGGAACAGCAAGAAGAGACUCGGCAAUUAGAUUCCACAUACUUCAGAAAGCUCCGUGCUUUACAUGAAGAAAAGGUUUCCAAGAAGGCUGAGGAGGGCACUGAAUCUGCACUUGCCGGGCUGUCCAUCUCUGACUUCUCUAAGCAAACAGAGUACUGGAGCAACGUCCCCGAGGACUAUAAACACUUCACCUUCAAUGACCUGCUUAAUAACAAACUGGAAUUUGAGCAUUUCCGCCAGUUUCUAGAGUCCCACUCUGCAAGCAUCGACCUAAUGUGUUGGAUAGAUAUCGAACAGCUCCGAAGAAUCCUUUUUAAAGACCAAAGGCAAAGGGAGGCCAAGUCUAUAUACAUUAAAAACACAUACCUUAACAAGAAAUAUUUCUUCGGGCCCAAAAGUCCAGCUUCUCUGCAUCAACAGAACCAGAUAAUGCUUCUGAGCGGGGGCUGGGGGAAGAUCCUUCACGAGCAGCUCGAGCCGGCUGUGCUGGUGGAGAUCCAGAAGCACGUUUUGAACAGGCUGGAAAACGUGUGGCUGCCAUUGUUUCUCUCAAGCGAACAGUUCAUAUCACGUCAGAAGAUAAAGAUACGGAUGAAAGACAUAGCGGAGGAGGUGUUACAACAGAGACACGACAGGAGAAUCGGAGUUUGGAAGCCUGUGGCGAGUAAGUGGAUAGCUUCAUCCUGCGAGAUUAUUGCUUUCCGUAAAGCAUUAUUGAAUCCAGUCACAGCGCGGCAAUUUCAGCGAUUUGUGGCCCUGAAAGGAGAUUUAUUGGAAAAUGGAGUACUUUUUUGGCAAGAAGUACAAAAGUUUAAGGAUCUGUGCCACUCACACUGUGAUGAGUCUAUCAUCCAGAAGAAAAUCAGCAUCAUCAUCAACUGCUUCAUCACCUCCUGUAUCCCACCAGCUCUGCAGAUUGACAUUCCAGUUGAGCAAGCCCAGAAGAUCAUUGAGCACAGGAAGGAGCUGGGGCCCUAUGUGUUCCGAGAGGCACAGAUGACAAUUUUUGGGGUUCUCUUUAAGUUUUGGCCACAGUUUUGUGAGUUUAGGAAGAAUUUAACUGAUGAAAAAAUUAUGAGUGUUUUAGAGAGAAGACAAGAAUAUAAGCAGAAAAGGAGAGUGUCAGAGUCCGAGGAGGACAAGAGUGGAAAGGUUGGAGUCAAACAGUAUGCAAGUACUACAGGCUCUCUCACAAAACCUGCUUUACCCAGCGAGUCCUUGCUAGGCCUGCAAGCCUAUGGAAGACAGCCGACCUGGUGCUAUUCAAAGUACAUUGAAGCAUUGGAGCAAGAGAGGAUCCUUCUGAAGAUCCAGGAAGAGGUGGAAAAGAAAAUGCUCACAGGUACAGCAUCUCCUACAACCUUGCUUAAGCCUCCCACUGGCUCUGCUCUGUCCCUGAAGAAGAACCUGUCUCCUCACAGCAUCCAGAGUCAGUCCCCAGGGAUCGAUCGGCUAUCUUCGGCUCAUGGCUUUUCUCUGCCUCUUUCUUAA